CUACGAUAUACACACCUAACUUUUUCAGCAUAAGAACUCAAACUCUGUAUAAGGAGAGAAAUUACAAAGGGGGCUUUUCGUUGAAGAAGAAACCCUAAUUAAGAUACUUGAUUGAUUGAGCUUUUGAUUCUUGUCGCUUCUCAAUUCACUCUGUAUCACAUUGUCAAGAUCUCAAUUCGGAUUAUUGAAGAAGCUGGUUUUCUUUGUCGAUGGCGAACUCCAAGGGGGCUUCUACCAUUGGAAGUAUGACAUACCAUGGGAAGAACUCGUUAUUACCCCCUAAGAUUCCAUUUCCGAGCAUCUCCCCAUCCUAUACCGAAUACAUUCCUAGUUCAGCUAUCGCUCCAAAGAGUCUUCCAAAACCGAGAGACGGAAAUUCCCACCAUCAACGAACUUCCUCCGAAAGCUUCUUGAUAGAGGAACAACCUUCUUGGCUGGACGACCUCCUAAACGAGCCAGACACGCCUGUGCGUAAAGGAGGUCAUCGUCGUUCAUCAAGUGAUUCGUUUGCAUAUAACGACACAAAUAAAAUCGCGAGCAUGAAUUAUGCAGCGCAGGAUGACAAUAACAAGUUCAAGAACAUAUCUCCGUCGCUUUCGUGGGGUUCCCAAGAUUUCAAUAUUUAUAGUGAUAUGCAUCACAGUGCCUUUUACGCCGACCCGAAUCCUUGCGGCAAAAACAAGAACAAGCCAUGGGUUACACCUCCAACUUUGUCGGCUGAAAAGAAGGAUGUUGAAUCUGGUCAACAAGAUCCAAAGGGCUGCUUCGGAAAGAAGGAACCUUUUCAUCUCAGGUCUUCGGCAUCGGAAACGGACACAAAACGUGCCAAACAGCAAUUUGCUCAACGUUCACGUGUACGGAAGCUUCAAUAUAUAGCUGAACUCGAAAGAAAUGUCUAUGCUCUACAGGCAGAAGGCUCUGAAGUUUCUGCCGAGCUCGAAUUUCUCAACCAGCAAAAUCUCAUUCUGAACAUGGAAAAUAAAACGCUGAAACAACGUUUAGAAAGUUUAACUCAAGAGCAGCUCAUCAAGUAUUUGGAGCAAGACGUACUGGAGAGAGAAGCUGGAAGACUACGAAGCUUAUAUCAGCAACAAAAUAUGCAGCAGCCACAACAGCAGCAAAUAUCUUCUUCAGUUCACCGAAGAGCAAAGAGCAGAGAUUUCGAUCAACAGUUUGCUAAUCUUUCCCUCAAACACAAGGAAACGAACCCCUCUCAUGAUUCCUUUUCUAGCCAUAUAUAAAGUAAGUCGUUCUUGAUUUUUUUUUUUCCCUCGUGUGUUGAAGUUAGCCAAUAACCAAAUGGGUAUAAGCCCAAAUUACGAAAAACCCCUCUUGUUUGCGUAAUUAUUAUCCACCUCCUUAUACACGGGGUGAAAGCCGAAAUUUGUCUUGUGCUAAGGUUUAGUGCCGUGUGCGCCUGGGAGUCCGCACCAGAAAAAAAAAAAAACUGAGUUCUGGGAUGUGACUCACCCGAGGUGUUUAUCCGAACAUAAUUCGAUUAAUCUUUUUUGGUUUAAUUCCUCUUGUGACAGAAAUUCGUGCUAUCUCAGAAUUGUUCGUUUUAUUUUACUUACUGAUGGUGAUUCUUCUUUUGUGUUCUUACUUUUCUUUGCUCGGCUUGAUUUCGAGAAUCCUGAUGUUUUUCAAACCGUGUGAUUCUAUUGGUCGAUCGAUUUUAUUGUUAUUAUUAUUUUUGGAUGCAAUAAGAUGACAUGGUCAUAUAAUUAUAUGCCAUAAUUGAUAC